AUCCCUGCCGUCAUUUCCAGUAAUCUGGUCCUGUGACUUAUUAUUCUUCUCCGUGUUAACCGUCCUUCCUCUGCUCCUAGUGUUGUUUUAGCCGUUUCGCUGCUCUAUAUUCUUGCUUCUGCAUUGUGUUGACACCAAUUCUCUGCUUGUAAGACAAUGGCUGCGACCGUGAGCAUGCAGGCUGCGGGACUUGCUGCAGGAGUUGCCUUCGCCCCAAAGAUCAGCAGCAGCAAUGUGGGAUCGUCCUCCAGCUCCCUGGCCGGCGUCAGGAUGGUGGCCUCGCCUAAGGCCCAACUCAGGCACGCCCGCUUACCGGCCGCCAGCGCGUCGAUGUACUCCGAUGCCAAGUACGACUUGAACAACUACAAGUUCGAGCCCAUCAAGGAGUCCAUCGUUGCGCGCGAGAUGACGCGGCGCUACAUGACUGACAUGAUCACGCACGCCGACACCGACGUGGUGGUGGUGGGAGCUGGGUCUGCGGGCCUGUCGUGCGCUUACGAGCUGUCGAAGAACCCGAAUGUGAAGGUGGCCAUCAUCGAGCAGUCGGUGUCGCCGGGAGGAGGCGCGUGGUUGGGCGGGCAGUUGUUCUCGGCCAUGGUGGUGCGCAAGCCGGCCCACCGCUUCUUGGACGAGAUUGAGGUGCCCUACGAGGAGUUGGAGAACUACGUGGUGAUCAAGCACGCGGCUCUGUUCACAUCCACGAUCAUGAGCAAGCUGCUGGCCCGGCCCAACGUGAAGCUGUUCAACGCGGUGGCGGCGGAGGACUUGAUCAUCCGGGGCGAUCGCGUGUCCGGCGUGGUGACGAACUGGGCGCUGGUGGCGCAGAACCACAACACACAGUCGUGCAUGGACCCGAACGUGAUGGAGGCGAAGGUGGUGGUGUCGUCGUGUGGGCACGACGGACCGUUCGGCGCGACGGGAGUGAAGAGGCUGCGGAGCAUCGGGAUGAUCGAGAGCGUGCCCGGGAUGAAGUGCCUGGACAUGAACGCGGCGGAGGACGCGAUUGUGAAGCACACGCGGGAGGUGGUGCCUGGCAUGAUUGUUACGGGAAUGGAGGUGGCCGAGAUCGACGGGUCCCCACGAAUGGGGCCAACUUUUGGAGCGAUGAUGAUAUCUGGACAGAAGGCGGCGCAUUUGGCCCUGAAGGCGCUGGGCCUUCCCAAUGAGCUUGACGGGAACUACAAGCCUAAUGUCCACCCUGAAUUGGUGUUAGCAUCUACAGAUGACGAAACUGCAUCCGCUUAGACUUCUCGAAACAGAUGAUUGAUGCUGCUAAUGAUUUCUGUCGUGCAGCAAACUACACAUCACCGAGGAAGCUUGUCAUGUUUUAUAGAUGUGUAAGUAUCUAGUUCAAGGUUGUAUCGACAAAUACUAUCGAUAGGGCGUAAUCUGUGGGUUCGGGUGGGUUGCUUGUAUGGUAUGUACUGUUCCGAGGUUUAGAGCGUUGUAGUUUCUGUUAAGGAAGUCCGAGAAGAAUCGCCUGUACGUCUUAUUUUAUCUCAUAAUGAAGAUUUUGUUGGUUCUUGUCGCUAAUCUUUUUGGCACCGGGGGUGCUUGCUUUGAGCAGGCUGAGAGAGUCCCUUAAAACCUGAUCAGGAUAAUACCUGCGAAGGGAGUGUGCGUUGAUUGCUUGUGCAGGGAUUUUGGGCAACAGUCGAGGAGAUAAUGUUCUUCGAAUUCCAUCAGCAGGAGACUGACAUUGAUGUGAAUGAUUAAUUGAAUGUUUGGAUGUUUAAGAGUUUGUGGAUGCUUUUGUAUGUUUAUUCCAUGUUUAAUGCAGGAUGACGUUGCUCUUCAUCAACAGCCGAAAAUCUUAGCCCUCUAAUGUGAGUCUUCUAACGCAGAGUAAGCAGUUAUGUGACGGGGAGUAAUGCUAAAACUUCGCUACGUCAUAAUCUAUCUGCAUUCAGCUCCUUUUCACAUGAUUUCUUAGUCGAAUUUCAUUUCAUUUACGGCAAAUUACUGACAAGUGCAAGAGGUGGAGUACCUAAAAAAGUUGUUUGCCCGAUAGACCCGAGAGUGAACGCUGUGAGCAGGACGCGUUGUAGCGGUCGUUUUUGCUCAUGGCUAAUAUUGAAUAUCUGGUGAUACACUUCGGGUAUCUAUUAAAGAUGUAUCUUGGUUACAACCCAAGUGACUUAUAAUAAAGCUUCUCAUAUGCCCCCAUUUCGGAUUUGAAAAA